AUACUAUAAUUAAAAUUAAACAUACUAGACGAAAUAAAAAAGAUGAUGCUAAAGCAUAUUCAGUGUGGGCUAUUGAAAUGUACCCAUUAGGAUGUGAUGAUAAUGAAAUAGAGGUAACUUUAUUUUUACAAGUCAAUCCAAAUAAUCAAAACCCAGAAUCACAAACUAUCUUUAAAAAAGAUGAAUACUACUCUGUCGGAAGAAAAAUUAUAUCUGGAUCCUAUACUGGAAAAAUUAAACCAAAAGUACUUAAAUGCAUUACUGUAUUAUUACCAAAUAAUACUCUAAGACAUUAUUCAGAGACAUAUAGUUUAAAGAGAAUCAAUAAUUGA